ACAACGUAUUCAAGUUAUAAGCUUUGGCGUUGUGUGAUCGUUUUUGUCUGGUUCUAUUUCUUUGCGAAUAAAAAUCAAUUUAUCAUGACUGGCCGUGGUAAGGGAGGAAAAGGAUUGGGAAAGGGAGGAGCAAAGCGUCAUAGAAAGGUUCUGCGUGAUAACAUUCAAGGUAUUACUAAACCAGCUAUUCGUCGAUUGGCUCGACGUGGUGGUGUAAAACGUAUCUCAGGUCUGAUAUACGAAGAAACACGCGGUGUUCUUAAAGUUUUCCUUGAAAACGUCAUUCGUGAUGCUGUUACGUAUACUGAACACGCUAAAAGAAAAACCGUCACCGCCAUGGACGUCGUUUAUGCUUUGAAAAGACAAGGCAGAACUCUUUACGGAUUUGGAGGUUAAAAAAGAAAAUUGCUCGUUCAAUCGGCCCUUUUCAG